GCGUGCCAGGAGCUAAGUGGAAGAAAAUUGUAUUAAUGUCUGUGGAAAUCUUUAAGAUUUAGAAUGCUAGUCAUUAAAUCUUGCUGCCCGGAACAAUUGGUAUAUUUUUUUUCUGAAGCUUCAGCUCGUGUUGAAGACAAUAUUUUUUUUUUAAUAGUAUAUUUUGGGAACAAGUCCUGGUGUGAUAUGUAUUGCCAUAAUCUUUGUAUGUUCCAAAUCUCAAUACCCUUGAUCCGUAUAGUUUAUUUUUGGAGUGAAUUUGACAUUUUCGAGCAUUUAUUCGGUAAAAUUCUUAAAGAUUGAUUUGUGUGUGCACCAUGGCCGUAAGACGAAGCUUAGAUAUGACCACAUCCACAAAUAAUGAACAGAACAUGCAUUUUGAAUUGGCUUGAUAAGUCGCGAUCUUGCCCAACAUGUCAAAACAAUGUUAUAAGAAACAGUUUAUUAGAGGUUCUUUCCGAAAAUGUUGCCGACCACAAUCUGAACCUGGAAACAAAUAGUUUGGAGAGGAUUCUGUUAACUAAUAGUCAAAAGAAGAAAAAGAGACAGUCGCAGCAAUCAAAUGAGAUAGUAGAUCUCGAGGAUAACAGUAACGUAUUGUCUAAUUCUGCUUAUGCGGAUAACCCAAACCAAGAUGUAGGUUUCUUAGAGCAGAGAAUAUUAUCACAGGUAGAUCAUCGAAUAACUUCGCAAAUUAGUCGAAUGCAGUCCAUGAUCUCGGAACUGUCUCGUCAAAUUUCUAAGUUAACAACAGACAGGGCAGGAAGAACGGAUGCAAUACCUAACUUCCAUACCAAUACAGAUGAUAAUGGAAAUAACAAUGAACCUGAUUGGGGAAGAAGAACUACUAGAGCUUCGUCACUUAAUCUAGAAAGAGACGUACCCACCUUCAUACCCAAUGAAUAUAGAAAUAGUAACAAUCUACCGGAGAGAAAUGGUAGUUUCAAUCUAAGUCGCGAUGUGGGAAAAGUAGCAAAUUUGAUUAGUAGCUGGAAAGUGCAGUAUAAUGGCUCACGCAAUGGUAUGCCGGUAGGGAAGUUCAUAUACAUGAUUACAGCUUUGACAAAUGAUAGCUUACGAGGAAACUUUGAAGUGUUGUGCGAACACAUUCAUAUUCUCUUUAGUGGCCGAGCAAGUGAAUGGUUCUGGAGAUACAGACGCACUGUAGACAGAGUAAACUGGUCCGAUCUUUGUAAGUCGCUGAAUUCCUGUUUUCUUGAACCGCUAUCUGACGAUGACGUGAGAGAAUUGAUAAGAGAUCGCAAGCAGCAAAUCAGCGAAAGUUUUGAUGAAUUUCAUAACGGAGUUAUGCAUUUAGUAGAUCGCUUACAAUACCCUAUUAGCGAGAGUCAACUAACGUCAAUUCUGAAACGAAAUCUGAGGAUUUCACCUCUCAGGAGGUUUAUUUCAUGCUGGUAA